GCCCCGUUGCCAUGCCUAGCCAUAACUCUAAUGAUUGGACCCUGAUCCAUGCUCUCCCAUCAUAUUUGAGGAGCCAUCUCCACGUGAAUCAAAACCAUAGUUAAGAAUGCAUAUAGAGUAUAUUUUCUUUGUUUAGUUGUCGGCAAAAUGCUUAUUUAUGUUUGUUGCCAUAAAUCCACACUCAGUCAUUUCCGUUCUCCAUUCUUUCUUUUCUCAACAAGACUCCUUUUUUUUAACUGAAUGGCAGCGCAAGUUUCCGACCACCUAGAACCGUGGCACACGCUCGCCGGAAAAGUCGUGAUGGUCACCGGCGCAUCCUCCGGCCUCGGCUGCGACUUCUGUCUCGACCUUGCCCGCGCCGGCUGCAAGCUCAUCGCGGCGGCCCGCCGGGUCGACCGCCUGGAAUCCCUCUGCCGCGAAAUUAACGGGAUGGUUCAGGCGGCCGACGACGGUGACCGGAGCCGCCGCGCCGUCGCCGUGGAACUGGACGUCGCCGAGGAUGGCCACGUCAUUGACAAGUGCGUGCAGAAGGCGUGGGACGCGUUUGGACACAUUGAUGCGCUGAUCAACAACGCUGGUAUCCGAGGAAGUGUCAAAACAAGUUUGGAAUUGUCUGAGGAGGAAUGGAACCAUACGUUCAGAACAAACCUAACAGGGACCUGGUUGGUUUCAAAAUAUGUAUCCAAACGCAUGCGUGAUGCACAGAGGAAAGGAUCAAUCAUCAAUAUUUCUUCCGUUGUUGGUUUGAAACGUGGUCAAUUGCCAGGAGGUGUUGCAUAUUCAUCAUCCAAAGCAGGCCUCAAUAUGCUCACAAAGGUCAUGGCACUGGAAUUGGGGGUACACAAAAUUAGAGUGAAUUCCAUAUCACCGGGAAUUUUCAAAUCUGAAAUCACUGAAAAGUUAAUGCAAAAACCUUGGUUGAAUAAUGUGACAAUGAAAACAGUACCUUUGAGAACAUUGGGCACUUCUGAUCCAGCAUUAACAUCACUAGCUCGUUAUUUAAUUCAUGAUUCUUCUGCAUAUGUGUCUGGCAACAUAUUUAUUGUAGAUGCUGGAGCCACUUUACCUGGUGUGCCCAUUUAUUCAUCCCUAUAAACAAAUUAAGGAUAAGUUCAGCACUAGCCAAAGUCAGAUGUUUGGAUUAAAUUUA